AGAUCUGUAUAAGACGGUGUAUCGAUUAGACACUCCGCUUUCGAAAUGAUUGAUUCUUCGGAUUAGCCGAAGCGCGUUCUCGAUCACCCUUAGCGCUAUUCGCCGAGCGGAUGCGGCUCCGGUCUUCCGGCAUACCGCGGAUGAUAUCCGCGACAUUUCUUUCAAGGACAGCGGAAGUUGUCCCCCCUAAGAUCGUCUUCGUGGUGAUGCAGGCGCUCUGGCAUCGUCUCAAGAAGCCCGAUCUGGAGAGGAGUGAGCGAGCGACGAUCGCGGUGAACGUGGGAAAUGAGAGCAUACGGAAAGAUCGUCGAGGGAUUCGGCUGCAGCGGAGGGGGAUGUGGAAACUGGAGGCAACAGGGGGUGCAACAACCGUGGGUUGCCACCGAUUUCUCACGAUAUUCGUUGCAGAUAUGAAAUUAUUCCUUAGCUCACUUGGCGAUGGCGUUGGCAAUGUUUUUGGAAACUGGGCGGAGCGGCAAAAGACGCAUGCGUCGCCGCUAGUAAUUUUGACGGGGCCAUGGAGAUGCCGUCGGGUCAUACGAACGACGGGUCGCGCACUACGAGCAGGGCGCUGGUCGGCUCCGAAACGCAACGCACGACAGAGCGACUGACGAAGGCUGGGACACACGUACUCCUCCGUUGAUCUCAUCGCCAUUAAAAAAAUAAAAAAGAUAAAAUAAAAAAAAAAAAAAA